AUGAAGGUCGCCAGCAGCUCGAAUCUCAAAAUCGCUGCUUGGCCACUUAAACGUAUUUUGGCCAACCCAGCUGCGUUUCAAAAAAGUGUGGACCUCCGACAAUGUAAACUGUACAAAAGUUACUCCAUUGCCGACUUGGUCGAGCUGCAUGAUCAACUUCAGGCGGCGAAGCACACCCGUCAAUUGGCGGCCACAGAACGGAAUCGGUUGCUGAAACAAGUCAAGGGCUCUAUUUCAACAAAGGAUAGUCUUCAGGGCGAACUUUUGACUCAAUCCAAAGCCUUGAAAGAGAAAAUGGCAGUGGUCGAUGAGCAGGUGUCGGCUCUGGAGUCCGAGUUCAAUCUGCUGCUCGACACUGUUCCCAAUCUUAUCGAACCCAGUGCGGCAAGAAUUGACGGCGAGUUUGAGCAGCUCAAGAUUUUGAAUGAGAGGCCCAUAAGCGCUGAUCAGAGCCGAGACCAUGUAACCAUUGGAUCGAAACUUGGACUGCUAGAUAUCGCCUCUGCAUCACGGGUUUCUGGACAUGGCUCAUACUAUUUAACCGGCGACGGUGCUCUCUUGGAGCAGGCUUUAGUCCAAUAUGCUCUUAAAAAGUGCCGGGACGCUGGAUUCACUAUGGUAUCCCCUCCUUCGUUAGUCCGCCAAGAGUUCACAAACGCAUGCGGAUUCAAACCUCGCGACAGUAAUAAUGAAGUUCAAGUUUACAGCGUUUAUGGCGGUGGUGGUCCGAACGCUGAUCCAAUGUGUUUGGCAGGCACAGCGGAAAUUCCUCUUGCCGGCCUUGAAGCUCAUAAAACGAUCGACUUUCGAGGAUUAACCACCCUCAGAAAAGCAGGCGUGAGCCGAAGUUUCAGAGCAGAAGCAGGAGCUCGUGGUGCAGACACCAGAGGGCUGUACCGCGUUCAUGAAUUCACAAAAGUCGAAAUGUUCGUUUGGUGCAGACCGGACAUAGAAGCUUCCCAAGAGGCCAUACAAAAUUUGCUGAGUAUACAGCAAAGCAUUGUAAACGACCUCGAGCUCACUGCUCGUGUGAUCAAUAUUGGCCCUACCGACCUAGGAGCGCCUGCCUACCAAAAAUACGACAUUGAAGCGUGGAUGCCUGGCCGCGGAAGCUGGGGCGAGAUUUCGUCGACCUCCAACUGUCUUGAUUUCCAGUCUCGCCGGUUACAUACUAAAGAUACCAACGGCGAGUUUGUCCACACGCUUAACGGCACCGCGUUGGCAGUGCCUCGUGUGAUCGUUGCAUUAAUCGAGAACGGCUGGGAUGGAAAAGGCGUGCGUGUCCCGAAAGCAUUACACAAUUGGAUGCCCGAGUAUAUAUCGUUGUAA